AAAAUAAGAGCGAUGAAGAUGAAAAUGAUUAAAUGAAAAUGGAGACGACUUCCAGAUUUUAUGCUCUAAAAUGCAGCCACGUGAUAAAGACUACAGUGUUUCUUAAAUGUUACUACUACUAUUCUUCUUCAGAUUAUUUGGUGGGAAUAUUUGGUAGUCUAAAUGUCAAUGGAGGAGGGGUUUUCUGCUGGCAUGGUCUCUUCCUUUCUCGAAAUUGCUGUCGGCCAAACCGCCGAUACCGCUCGUCACUUCCUUCAGGCUACUGGAUGGAAGCUCGAGGAAGCUAUUCAACAUUUUUAUGUAGGAAAUGAAGGUGGGUUAGGUACACAAUCUGCAUAUUCUCCACCAAGAGAAAGUGAUAUGCCCCUCAAUCAUCCAAAUCUCAGUGAACUGGAAAAGGAAUUGGUAGAGAAAUACACAAGACAGCUUGAUGAGGAGGAUGCACGGCCAACUUUACCUAUGAAAAGGGGUGUUCUAUAUGACAAUGAACUGGAAAAGGAAUUGGUAGAGAAAUACACAAGACAGGUUGACGGGGAGGAUGUACGGCCACCUUUACCUGUGAAAAGGGAUGUUCUAUAUGACAGUCCAAUGCUCUAUAGCGGAUCGCCCGGAGCAAGAGAUUCAUCACAUGCAGCUCAUUCUGUUGUUCCAUUCCGCAAUUUUGAGGAGGAAAUGAAAUAUCCUGGAGUGUGGGAAACAGAAGGUGCUUCAUCAUCUUCUGCAGUGGAUCGAACUCAGGAUAAUCUUGCAUCUUUAUAUCGUCCUCCUUUCGCAUUGAUGUUCCAUGGACCUUUUGAAAAGGCUAAAGAUAAUGCGAGGAUGCAGAAUAAGUGGCUUAUUGUAAACAUGCAGUCCACCAAGGAGUUCAGCUCACAUACGCUUAACCGUGACACAUGGGCAAAUGAAGCUAUUGCUCAAACCAUCAAAACUAACUUCAUCUUCUGGCAAGUAUAUGAUGAUACAGAACAGGGCAGCAAGGUUUGCACUUAUUACAAGUUAGACUCUAUCCCAGUCAUUCUUGUGAUUGAUCCCAUAACAGGUCAGAAAAUGCAUGCUUGGCGUGGGAUGGUUCAACCUGAAAAGUUGCUUGAGGAUCUGCUACCGUUCAUGGACAGCAACCCCUCAGGUCAUCAUGUCAGUCUCUCUCAUAAGCGUCCUAGAGAAGCUUCUCGGAUGCCAACUCCUCAGCUUCAAUCUGAUAAUAAUGACGAAGAUGAAGAAUUGCAGCGAGCACUGGCAGUCUCUAUGGAGAAUUUUGAUGGAGGUGACCUAAAAGAAGGGAAUGAAGCCAAUGCUUAUUUACCUUUGCCUGAAGAACCUAAGGGUGAGAAGAAUCUAAUCUGCAGAGUUGGAGUGCGUCUUCCCGAUGGGCGUAGAGUUCAGAGGAACUUCCUCCGCACCGAUCCAGUUCAGCUGCUGUGGUCAUUCUGCUAUUCAGAGCUUGGCAGCAUCAGGCCAUUUCGCUUGACCCAAGCUAUUCCGGGUGCUUCGAGGUUUUUAGAUUUUGAUGCCGUUUCAACAUUCGAAGAGUCGGGUCUUGCCAAUUCAAUGGUUUCAGUCACUUGGGAGGAGUGAUUGCUAGUCGCAGUUCCUGAUUUUGACUGCCCAAAUAUGUGUAUGUAUCCCACGUUUUUUUUUUUUUUUUUUUAAGGGCAGCAUGUUAGGAAAAGAAGUAGAUAUAACUAAUUUAUCUUGUAUAUGCUCAACCUUGCCGCAUGCUUGGAAGACAAUUGUUGGUCACAUAAUUGCUUCUCUAUUCGACUUCCUUUUAGCAUGCAAAUGUUGUAACUCCCAAAACCGAGAUCAUAUUGAAUUUGUAAAUUUCUAACUUAGUUUUAUUAUUUUUAUUAUUGUUUCUCUUCCA